UUUGCAUGAUUAAUAAUGCGGUCACACUCAUAUCGCGAUACAAAACAAACUUUUUGAUGCAAAUGAAUUAGUUUGUUAAACAAAAAUGAGUGUAGAAGUAAACAAUUUAAACGGAAACCACAACAAUGAUAACCAAGGAGUUGUCCAGGACAAGCGUGAGCUGCUGUGCCUGCUCAAGCUACUCAAGAAGUACCAGCUCAAAGAUGCAGAGGAAAUUAUUUGCAAAGAGGCGAAUGUGAAUCCUUCAGAUCUUGCCAAUGUGGGUGACGAUGAUGUGAAGACCAUUCUCAGCGCAGUCUUGCAAACUGGCAACGGCCACGAACCACGUCCAUCCACCGUUCCACCAGCUGCAUCGGCAACAGAUGAACUGAAUGCGGCAGAAGCGCUAGCCAAAUUCAUUGGCGACGAUGCCUUCGACGCCCAGCAAUACGAACAGGCGUACGAGGAGUUGCGGAGCUUUGUGGAGGAUUCGCUGGACAUUUAUAAGCAUGAAUUAUCCAUGGUUUUGUAUCCUAUAUUGGUGCAGAUAUAUUUCAAAAUCCUUGCCAGUGGUCAAGUGGAGAAAGCGCGCGGCUUCAUUGAGAAAUACAAAUCAGAUCUCGAUGGUUACUACAUCGAGGGAUUGUUCAAUCUGCUGCUUAUCUCAAAGCCAGAGGAGCUGCUCGAUAAUGACCUUGUGGCCGCCAUGGAGACGGACAAGUUCGUCAUACGCAUGUCGAGGGAUGCGCAUUCGUUGUUCAAGCGUCACAUUCAGGAUCGCAGGCAAGAAGUUGUGGCAGACAUUGUGACCAAGUAUCUGCACUUUGACACCUACGAAGGCAUGGCACGUAACAAGAUGCAGUGCGUCGCUACCGCCGGUUCGCACAUUGGCGAUGCCAAACGGCAAGACAACAAAAUACGGGUCUACUAUGGUCUGCUCAAGGAAGUCGAUUUCCAAACACUCACAACACCAGCGCCAGCUCCCGAAGAGGAGGACGACGAUCCCGAUGCGCCGGACAGACCCAAGAAAAAGAAGCCAAAAAAAGAUCCGCUACUCUCGAAGAAAUCCAAAUCAGAUCCCAAUGCGCCGGCGAUUGAUCGCAUUCCGCUGCCCGAGCUCAAAGAUACGGAUAAGCUGCUUAAGCUAAAAGCGCUUCGCGAGGCCAGUAAACGGUUGCCCCUCAACAAGGAUCAAUUACCUUCUGCGGUCUUCUACACGGUGCUCAACUCCAGCCAGGGCGUCACUUGUGCCGAAAUCUCCGAUGAUUCCACAAUGCUUGCUUGCGGCUUUGGUGAUUCCACUGUGCGCAUAUGGUCGCUGACGCCGGCCAAGCUGCGUGCAUUGAAAGAAGCCGAUUCACUGCGGGAAUUGGAUAAGGAGUCGGCGGACAUCAAUGCCCGAAUGCUGGAUGAGCGCAGUGGCGAAAUGACGCGCAGUUUUAUGGGACACACUGGGCCCGUCUAUCGUUGCGCCUUUGCGCCCGAGAUGAACCUGUUGCUGUCGUGCUCCGAGGACACCACAAUACGCUUGUGGUCGCUGCUCACCUGGUCGUGUGUGGUCACAUAUCGCGGUCACGUCUAUCCCGUGUGGGAUGUGCGCUUUGCGCCGCACGGUUACUACUUUGUCUCGUGUUCGUUUGACAAGACAGCGCGCUUGUGGGCUACGGAUUCGAAUCAGGCGUUGCGCGUAUUUGUGGGACAUCUGUCGGAUGUCGACUGUGUGCAGUUUCAUCCCAAUUCCAAUUAUGUGGCCACCGGCUCUAGUGAUCGAACUGUGCGACUGUGGGACGCCCUAACCGGUCAAUCGGUGCGUCUCAUGACCGGUCACAAAGGCUCCGUAAGCAGCUUGGCCUUCUCGGCUUGUGGUCGUUACUUGGCUUCAGGAUCGGUUGAUCACAACAUCAUGGUGUGGGAUUUGUCUAACGGUUCGUUGGUCACCACCUUGUUGCGUCACACCAGCACUGUGUCCACAAUUACCUUUAGCCGGGAUGGCACUUUGCUCGCAGCAGCGGGAUUGGAUAACAAUAUGACGCUCUGGGACUUUCAUAAGUUAACCGAUGACUAUCUGAGCAAUCACAUAACGCUGUCGCAUCAUCAGGAUGAGAACGAUGAGGAUGUGUAUUUGUUGCGCACGUUUCCCAGCAAGAAUUCGCCCUUUGUGACGCUUCACUUUACGCGUCGCAAUCUUCUGAUGUGCGUGGGCAUAUUUAAGAACUAG